AUGUUUUUGGAGAUAUAUCACUAUGUUGAGGACUUGGAUCACAUAAUGGAUGCAGCCAUGUUGUUUAUAAUAUUUUCAGGUGCAAGUUGUUUGCAACUGUAUCUCAGGUUCAGGAUGAAUGUCGUGAUGAAGAUGCUGAGGCUCACGGAUGCAUUCGUCUGGGAAGAUUUGCCUACCAAAGAUCCUGACACUGGAUCGUUGGCACUGGUCGCCUGGAUACCACGAAUCCAGACAGCCACUACUAUUGUCACGAGUUCCGCCGUCAUUUUCCAUAUAAUCCAAAGUACAGUACGCUUCACAAGUGAUGAUCGUCCUUUAUUUUAUGUUACAUGGUAUCCAUUCGAUACAAACAAAAGUCCCGUCUACGAACUGAUCAACACAGUGCAGUUUGUUGCUACUGUCACAUGGGCAAGUUUCUUCUAUGGUGUCCCUCCCUUUUAUGGUACAUCGAUCUGCAUCGCUUGCAGUCAGCUGGAGAAGUUGAGAGCAAGCCUGAAGAAUAUAAGACAGAAAAACGACGCACCAGAGAAGGACUCGAGAGCUAAGACGGACCAAGACGAGGAACGAGAAGCCCAGACCUCUCAGCAAGUGUUUCAACACAUGCAGAAACAACUCAACGACUGUGUUCGUCACCACCAACUAAUCAUAGAAUAUAUUCGUGCAAUAGAGGAUACAUUCAACCCGCUCCUGGCCGGUUAUUUUCUUAUCCUAAUGGGUGGCCUAUGCUUUACAUCAUACACCGCUGUAACGGCUGACAGAGUACGAGACGCGGCCUGGGACUGUGACUGGGUGGGAAGUCCGAUCACAUUCCAACGCUGUCUCUAUUUCAUCAUUAAUAUAGCGAACAAGGAAUUCAUCCUAACAGCUGGUAAAUUCGUUCCCGUUUCCAAGGCGACAAUGAUGAAUAUGAUACAACAAUCGGUCUCCCUCUUCAUGUUCAUGCUUCAAAUAAAGGAUGAAGAAGAAGCUCUAGAAGGACGCAGAUAAAUUAAAUAUUCGAUUGUAGAAAUGUAUUUUCUCGUAACAGGCACAGUUCACAAUUAAUUACAUUUCUUAGACAAUGAUCAACAUGUAAGUUGUAGUCCUAUUUGUAAAAUGAGAUGUAGUCCAACAUUUUUCGCUUACUUCCUGUCACGAAUAUGAUAAAGCUUAUAAUAGUAUUCACAUACGAAGCACUGGAUUACAGGAAACCAUGAGAAAGCAAAUGACUUUCUGUAUUUAUUUCAUAUAUAAACGCUAUCUGCAUAAACCUGUCAACUGGAAGACCAUCUACUGACACCUAGACCCUACUUCCAACACGCAUUACGAUCAAUAUCGGAGGUUUAAUAAAAUAUCGAAAUUAAAUGUGGAUGCAAAUGACGUUCCUAUAGGCCUACAUAUUUUUAUGCCAUACUCAAAUUGGAACUCUUAGUUCCCUCAGUUUGAAUUUAUUACAGUUUUUAAUACACCCUUUUGUGUGUGGGCCAACAGUGCUGCAAAGGGAUAUAUGCUACGAAUAUCAGAUUAAAAAGCUAAUUACUCCGGUGUUAAUUCACUAAACUU